ACGAGACAUUAGUGAAGCCGCGCCAUUUUCAGGGUAUACCAACCAGAAGUCAAGACAUAGCGCUUGGUGACGGUUAAAAUUGAUAUCCUGGCGAAAUAGAAGAAACAUAAGGAUUAUAUAAUAAAAAAUGGGACGGAAGAAGAAGAAGCAAUUGAAGCCCUGGUGUUGGUACUGCAACAGAGAUUUUGAUGACGAAAAGAUUCUCAUUCAGCACCAGAAAGCCAAACAUUUCAAAUGUCAUAUAUGUCACAAGAAACUCUACACAGGGCCUGGAUUAGCCAUACACUGUAUGCAGGUGCACAAAGAAACAAUAGAUGCGGUUCCUAAUGCAAUACCAGGGAGAACAGACAUAGAGCUGGAGAUCUAUGGCAUGGAGGGUAUUCCAGAAAAAGACAUACAAGAUCGGAGAAGAGUACUUGAUCAAAAGUCACCAGAUGGCCAGAAAAAGAAACAGAAUCAGGAUGACUCUGAUGAGGAAGAUGAUGAUGAAGCCGGACCUUCGUCGAUUCAGCAGCCUGCUGUUCAUCCUCCGGCUGCUUACAUGCCCCCCAUGACCCAGGCAGGCAUCCCUCCCGGGCCUCGGGCCCAAGGCAUACCUCCUGCCAUUUAUGCACGCAUGCCACCCAUGAUGGCUGGUGUCCCACCAAUGAUGCCUGGGAUGCCACCGGUAAUGCCAGCUAUGCCACCUGGCAUGAUGCCAAUGGGAAGGAUGAUGCACCAUGGUCCAGUGAUGCCUCAGAUGAUGCCUGGCAUGCCACCAGGAAUGUCAUCCCAUGUUGCAAGGCCCGGCAUGCCUCCUAUGGCACCUGCGGCUCCUGUUACAGCUCCUGGUAUGGCCAGUAGAACAGCUGUACCUGUCACACUGUCGGCUGCAUCCAAACCUCUCUUUCCAAGUGCUGUGCAGAUGGGGACUGGUGUCGCGAGCCCCAGUGCCGCUCCUGCCAGUGCAGAGACACAGUCUUCCUCCUCUAAGCCUUUGUUCCCUAGCUCUACACAAGCUCAGCAGACAGUAUCAGGACCGUCAUCAACCACCUCUGACCCUCCUAAAGUGACAUUCCCAGCCUACACCCAGCCCUCCUCCUCACCCUCUGACGCUGCCCCCUACGUGGCUAAGCCCCCUGCCACGGUCACAAGUAAGCCAGCCACCCUCACCACCUUGAGUGCUACCAGUAAGUUGAUGCACCCUGAUGAGGAUAUCUCGCUGGAAGAGAGAAGGGCUCAGCUGCCUAGGUAUCAGAGGCUAAUCCCUCGGCCUGGACAGUCUGCAGCGGCUGCUGCCUCAGCUUCCCCCGGUGGAGCAGUGGGAGGAAUGAUGCCUGCCCAGCAGGUUAUGCCUCCUCAGCAGCCUGGUAUGAGGCAUUCCAUACAUGGUCAGUAUGGUGGUCCUCCUCAGCGCAUGCCUGGUUAUAUAGCUGGUGGCAUGCCUCCUUUUGGACAGAGCGCCCCAAUGUUGCCCCCAUACCAAGCUGGCCCACCUGGGGGCCCCAUGGGCAUAAGGCCACCCCUAAUGUCUCCAGGCAGCCGAUACUGAAAAGGCACUGUCAUCCCACUAGGUUUGGAGGUUAAACCUUUUCUCAUCUUGUGCUUAAUGUAACCAAACCAAUGAGUUCUAAGCCCACUGCUGAAGAAAAACUACAUACUGGACAUUUUAUAUGUAACAUGACACAAGUUUUUGGAUUCAGCUCUUAAAAUAAAAACAAGACACAGAAGAUAACGGAACAGUAUCAAUGUUACAGUUGAGACAUAUAUAAUAUAUAUAUAUAUAUAUAUAUAUAUGUAUAUGUAUAUAUAUGUAUAUGUAUAUGUAUAUAUAUAUAUAUAUAUUGCUUUUCUUCCUAUUGUGUUUCAUUCAGGUUGUACAAGUACAGUAUGUUAGACAAUGGUUCAUAAUAUAUUGAAGCCGCUGGCCUAACAGUAUCUCCAUACUCAAGGCAAGUUCCCAGUAAUAUUUCUGCUUUUAUCUUAGUAGUGAAGCCCUCACAGCACCAUAUUGUGCUGUUGGACUUAAUGUCCCCAACAUCAGCUUGGUGAGGGCUUCAGAUCAUUGUUGUCAUGGUGUGUUUUUUUAAUUUUUAUUAUUAUUAAUAUACUUUUUGCAUCCAUUAAUUCAGGAGUUAAAUAGCACAAGGGUAAAAAUGUGUCUCUGUAUUUUUUGGAAUAUGCAUUGUAAUAAAACAUACUUAAUUUGAUUUUCUUCUUGAUUUGUUUUUUGUGUGAGUGUUUCCUGAACUGUGGAGUCUUCAGGCAUGAUGCCAUCAGCAACAGUAACUACUAUAAGGAAUUUAUUUCUGUCGCUCUCCAUCUGCCUGCAUGCAAGAGUGUGCGCUGUCAUCUAAGGAUGUGAGAAAUCUAUAACAAUGGAUAAAAUGUGCUUACUAAAAUAAAAUUUGUUAAAGUAACAUUUAAUGAAGUUUGGUACAGUUCCCAGUGUGUCAUGGUCUUUUGGACCUUAAAGCAUAUGAGGUUCUGGGAACCACUGUUCUAGAUUAUUCAUGGAACACUUGGUUAAAAAGAGUGAGCGAUAAUCAGUCUGUAGGACUUAAAGUAGAUGUGAUUUAGUUGCAUGCAAGAGCUUUCCAGUAAUUUGGUCGAAUUUAAAAUGUUUUUGUGACAUGCUUCAUUUGAUAAUUCUCAGCUGUAUAAAAUUGGUACAAUGGCUUGGAAGCUUUAUGUGGAAAGCAUAUCCUGGGCUGCAGGUAAGAUCGACUGUGUGAAUUACUCUGAAAAGGCCAAUCUGCAUGUAUUUGCAUUCACACUUGCUCUUAUUCAAUGGAUUCAUUGAACUGUUUGUUUUAGCAUCUUGGAAAAUGGAGAAAAGCAAGAACAAAUAUCAACAUUCACCAAUAUCAAACAAAAAUACAAACCUGUGUAAAACCAGGCAUUCAGAAUACUUUUUUCACCACAUCUGCGAUUUAUUGCCAUUAAAUUGACCUGAUUUUCACACAGUA